CGUAAUGGUUCCAUGAGGAGCACUUCUUUACUUUUCCACAGGUUCACUCAAGCUUUAAAGUCAGUUGAGCUUAGUGUGGGGUUUUAUUUUGAGCUGUUAGCUCCUCUUUUUUCCACGUAGACCAGGUGGUGUUGUUGUGCUACCACUCAUAGUUCCCCGGGUGACUUUUUCCUAAGCUUUUCAAGUAUGGGUUUUGGUGGCCGGGUAAUGUCAGCUUUUACAUCUUUUAAGAGAAUCCUGCGUCGUUGGUUAUUAUGGCUGUUGUACCACAGAAACUACUUCAUCAUCAUUCUCACUCCACUUGCAUUGCUUCCUCUGCCAAUACUCAUCCCUACACCGCCAGCAAGAUGUGGUUAUGUUAUCAUCCUUAUGGCUCUGUACUGGUGCACAGAGUGUAUGCCUCUGGCUGUGACUGCACUCCUGCCGGUCGUCCUCUUUCCUAUGAUGGGCGUCAUGAAAGCUGGAGCGGUCAGUAUUGAGUAUCUGAAGGACUCUAAUAUGCUGUUUAUUGGGGGCCUGUUGGUGGCCAUAGCUGUGGAGCACUGGAACCUUCAUAAGCGCAUCGCUCUCCGAGUUUUGCUGCUGGUUGGUGUUCGUCCGUCCCUGUUAAUGAUCGGGUUCAUGGCCGUCUCUGCCUUCCUGUCUAUGUGGAUCAGCAACACGGCCACCACUGCCAUGAUGCUGCCCAUCGCACAUGCUGUGCUGUUGCAGCUGAAAGCCACAGAGGCCCGGGCAGACGCCCGAGAUAUUCAGGCUGCAGCCGAUAAUGAGGGAUUUGAGCUCGAGGUCACAGAAACAAAAGAGGAAUUAACAGAAACAGACAAGAAACAGAUAGACACCAACAUUCAGUUGGAGGACAAAGUGUGUGAAAUAAAGUUGACUCCAGACAUCCUGCAGGAGGUCAAGAGUAAAGAAAUUGAUGCCAAGUACGACCUCCUGACUAAAGGGAUGAGUCUGUGUGUGUGUUACUCUGCCAGCAUCGGGGGCACCGCCACGCUCACUGGAACCACGCCUAACAUCAUCCUCAAGGGUCAAAUCGAUGAUCUCUUCCCUGGGAACGGAGAUGUUAUCAACUUUGCAAGCUGGUUCGGCUUUGCUUUUCCCAACAUGCUGCUCAUGCUGGUGCUGACAUGGCUCUGGCUUCAGUAUAUGUUCCUAGGCUUCAACCUGAAGCAAACAUUCGGCUGUGGCAUGAAAACAGAGAGAGAUAGGGAGGCGUACGCAGUGAUGAGGGGGGAGUACAAAAAGCUGGGACCAAUGAAGUUCGCUGAGGUGGGGGUGCUCACCAUCUUCGUUCUGCUGGUGCUCCUUUGGUUCACCAGAGAGCCGGGCUUUAUAAAGGGAUGGGCAACAGUACUCUUCAACAUGGACGGGCCGUAUGUGUCUGAUGGAACAGUUGCUAUCUUCAUGUCCAUGCUCUUCUUCGUCAUCCCUUCCCAGCUGCCCAGAUGUGGAGGUUACGGUUAUAAUGAAAAAGGUAAACUGAUCAAGGCCCCCCCUGCUCUGCUGAACUGGCAGGUGGUCCAUGAGCGAAUGCCCUGGAACAUCAUCCUGCUUCUUGGAGGAGGCUUUGCAUUGGCUGCUGGCAGUGAGGAGUCAGGUCUAUCCAAGUGGUUGGGAGAAAGCUUGACACCUCUGCAGAAAAUUCCUCCUUACGCCAUCUCGUUGCUGCUCUGCCUGCUGGUGGCGACCUUCACCGAGUGCUCCAGUAACACAGCCACCACCACCUUGUUCCUGCCUAUACUGGCCUCGAUGGCCAUAGCUAUUAAGAUACACCCGUUGUAUGUGAUGCUGCCCUGCACCAUCGCUGCCUCUCUGGCCUUCAUGCUGCCUGUGGCGACACCACCCAACGCAAUUGCCUUCUCUUUUGGAAACCUCAAAGUCUUUGACAUGGUGAAAGCUGGAACCAUAUUGAACCUCAUUGGGAUCUUGACUGUUAAUCUUGGCAUCAAUACCUGGGGAUAUGCCAUGUUUGACAUGGGCACCUUCCCUGAGUGGGCCAACGUUUCAACCGUCCUGCCUUGAACAAGAGAGGAAGGAGACGAUGAGGAACUCUAUAGCAGAACAAACAAAUAUUUAUGACCAAAAAAGGGACAUCCAGCGUAUAGGAAGAACAUUAACUGAGGUAUUUUACAAGGGGAAUUGAGAGAAUAAAUGUAGCAGGACUGUUUGAGAAAAGUUUGACACACUUUGAUUGACAGCAACUGUAACAACCAGACGCAGUCCUGUUUGGCGUCAAUCUAUCAAGUGAAAUGACCAAAACUGUUUAUUUGUUGGAGACAUAUAGUGUUUACAAUAGAUUGAUAUCUUACAGAUGAUCAAGUUUAAAGAAAAACCAGAUCAAAUUUAAAAUAACAAUUUGACUCACUCAAAACCAUAUAUUCAAAAUUACAAACUGAUAUCACUAUCAAACCAAGACUUAGUUAAAGAAAACUGUGACAGCUCUACUGCUGAGCUAAGACCAACUGUGUUAACCACUUCCUGUUUCAGUAACAUAACGUGAUUAAAAAAACACCAGUUUAUGAGGUCAUUUACUUAUACACAUUUCACAGAAUGUAAUUUCAUUUUAUUAAUGUAUAUAUGAUGAAAACGAUGAAUAGAUGAGAACACUAUAUUUGAGGGAUUAUUUAAAACAAUGUGAUUAUUCUAUGCCAUGUUAUGUUAAUAGAUCAUAUUUAAAUACGUAUUAAUUAAAUUACCUUUAUCAGUAUAUUUAACUUAUGAACUCUGUAAGUGUGUAAUUUUUUGUUGCAGAUUGUAUUUUCUGUCAGUGUUUUUCUUACACUGUUGACCAUGAACGAGCGUUGACAAUAUAUUUCAUGUCUUGAAAUGUGUUAAAUGUAAACCAAAGGCGAUGGUGUCGCUUAUAGGGACAUUUUGAACCUUGACUUUGUUAUUACAGAGCCUAGAUAAAAAUAAAUAUUGUAAACAUUUUGAAAAAUACUCAAGAUUUGAGAAGAUAAAUAAUGCAUCAUAACCAUAAACAAGGGAAAAAGGUGUAAUAACAUUAGUUAAACAAACAAACCAAACAUGCACAGCUCAAAUCAACAUUACUUUCUUAUGUGUUUAGUCUUUAAAAAUAUAGCAGGGACUUUCUGGACCACAUUGCUCCUUUAUUUAAACAAAUUGUUAUUGUACAUUUUGUUUUUUGUACGGAUUGAUCAAACUUGUACAUAAGUAAGCAUUAGAGGUGUUUGUGGGCAUUCUUUUUUUUACAUUUAGACAGCGCCAGGCCAUCUGUUAUCCUGUUUCUUUAUCUUUAUGCUGAAGCUAAUCAUCAACUAGUGCCAGCUUAACUCCUUAACUUCUUGUCGAACUCUCAGCAAACCAGCAAGCGUACUUUGCAAAAAGUCAAAACAUUCCUUUAACAGAUCGGCUCCAGUCGAUACAGGAACAUGUACAGAACAUAAAGUGCAGGUGACAGCAAAUGACGUCCUUUUAACAAUGAGGAAAUGAAAACACCAAUCAUUGGCAGGAAUGUGUUUCUCAGAUUUUGUUCAGUAAGAACAGAUUGAAAGGUUGGUUGAAGGAUAACUGAUAAGAGGCUGCCAACAGUGAACGAUUGCAACUUAGGUCGGUUUCCAUUGUGCUUUGUGUUUAUUACAGGUGAAUGUAAUAAACUGAAAAGACAGACAUUAAGUUCUUGCUGAAUGAUGUGUUUGUUUUCAACAUUUUAUGUUUGCUGUGCCAGACUCUUAUGCUGAAAAUAAACGUGUGAACAUUG